GCUGCGCGGGCGAGACUUCAUUUCCCAGAGUCCUGCAUGGUGCCGCAGAGUGCCCCGGGUGCUGUAGUCCAGUCACUCUGCUAGCUGGUCCAGCUUCAUCCGCGGGCAGGAUGUCUGAGGUGCGGCUGCCACCGUUACGCGCCCUGGACGACUUCGUCCUGGGGUCCGCGCGCCUGGCGGCCCCGGAUCCCCGCGACCCUCAGCGAUGGUGCCACCGCGUCAUCAACAAUCUUCUCUACUACCAAGCCAAUUACCUUCUCUGCUUUGGCUGCGGGCUCGCGCUGGCCGGGUACUUGCGUCCGCUGCACACCCUGCUCAGCGCGCUGAUAGUGGCCAUAGGCCUCGGCGUGCUGGUGUGGGCGGCGGAAAGCCAAGCGGCUGUGCGUCGCUGCCGCCGCAGCCACCCGGCCGCCUGCCUGGCCGCCGUGCUGGCCAUCGGCUUUCUUGUCCUCUGGGCUGUGGGCGGCGCGUGCACCUUCCUGCUCAGCAUCGCCGGGCCAGUGCUGCUGAUCCUGGUCCAUGCUUCGCUGCGCCUGCGCAACCUCAAGAACAAGCUGGAGAACAAAAUUGAGAGCAUCGGACUCAAGCGGACACCGAUGGGGCUGCUGCUAGAGGCUCUGGGACAAGAGCAGGAAGCCGGAUCCUAGGGUCCUAGACCUAGAGAACAUCCCUACCCCACUCCAACCUACUCCUCCCUGUACUGGGGACCCAGAGCCACUUCCCAGCCAUUAAAAGCCCAACCCCAGCCCUUCAGUUCAUAAAGCACGCCAUCCCUCCUCAGGUCCACAUCUGGCAUCUCCCUCCUGUGUACCCCCAUUACCUUAAGGGACCAAUCUUCCUCAGCCCUGACCUUGGACUCCCAAAUCGCCCACACCCAACCCCACCCCAAACUGGGGUUUAGGACCAGAACAUCCAUGGCUAAUCUGGCCCCAGAAACUCUGGUUUCAUCAACACUGCACCCCACCCCAAAGCUAGGGUCUGGAACAAAGGUCCUCUCCAAUCAUGAACCCUUGGACCCAGGCUUUUCUGAACCCCACCCCAGCUCUGAACCCAGAUGAGGGCAUUGCCAAAUCUUGAACCCAAGACCCAGGUGUUUCCAGCUCUCAUCUAGGGGGGGAAUUCAAGUAUCCUGCAGGUCCCCCUAUAGACUUCACUUCCACUUGCCUCCCUUCAGCUCAGCUUAGGGAUCCUGCCCCUCUCCUCCAAAGUCCUCCCUAGUGCUGAGGGCCAAAAGGUGUGGUAGGGUGAAAGUCAGCCUGUGCAAAGGGGCAUAUAUAUCAGUGUUGCUGCAAUAAUAAAGGCUGUCGUAUUGCUCUA